UGCUCGUCCGUUUCUGGAGCUUUCUGUCUGAAACCUGCGCCGGCACACACCACACACGCGUGCGGUGGCAUACUGAACUGAGAGUGAGAAUUUACGAGAAUUCGCACGAGUCAUCGUCGAACGUGUGUCUUUCGUCUUUCGCACCACGAGUGAAUCGUACGGUCGUCGGAGAACGUGAUAGAGAGGCUCAACAUUUCCGGCGUGCGUGAUGAGCGAUCAGGUAGCUUUGUUGAAGGAGAGAGGGAACGCCGCUUUACAGACAGGCAAUUACGAUGAGGCCAUUAAAUGCUACACGGACGCGAUCAACCUGGACGGCAACAAUCACGUACUCUACAGCAACCGCUCGGCGGCGUACGCAAAGUCCGAGAAGUAUCAGCAGGCAUUGGAGGACGCCGAGAAGACCGUCAGUUUGAAGCCGGACUGGGGAAAGGGUUACUCGCGCAAGGGCAGCGCUCUCGCUUACCUGGGCAGAUACGACGAGUCUAUCCGGGCUUACGAGAAGGGCCUACAGCUGGAUCCGAACAAUGCGCAGCUCAGAAGCAGUAUGGCCGAGGUGAGGGCCCAGAAAACCGCCGCCGCGACCAAUCCAUUCAACUCGCCGGACAUCUUCGUCAAGCUGGCGAGCGAUUCCCGAACGAAGGGAUAUCUAGCUGAUCCGGAAUACAUGAAACUGCUGCAGGAACUGCGAACCAAUCCACAGAGUCUCGGUACCAAGCUACAAGACACCAGAGUGCUCACCACCCUUAGCGUGCUGUUAGGAAUGAGCGCCGACAUGGAGGAGGCAAUGGAAACCGAGCCGAUGAAUCCGCCGGAGCCACCGAAAGCCAAACCGGAACCGAAGCCCCAGAAGAAGGAGGAGGAUAAUCUUCCGCCUGAAAAGAGAAAAGCCUUAGAGGAGAAGAAACUCGGCAACGAGGCUUACAAAAAGAGAAGCUUCGAGGAAGCUCUGCAGCAUUACAACAAAGCUGUGGAAUUGGACCCGACGGAAAUCGUUUACUUGUUGAACAUAGCGGCGGUGUACUUCGAGCAGAAGGAGUAUCAGAAAUGUAUCGCUCAGUGCGAGAAAGCCAUUGAGGUCGGUAGGGAGAACAGAGCGGAUUUCAAAUUGAUAGCGAAAGCGUUCACGAGAAUCGGUCACGCUUACAAAAAAAUGGAGAAUUGGAAGCAGGCUAAGGUGUAUUACGAAAAGUCCAUGUCCGAGCACAGAACGCCGGAGAUUAAAACCUUACUCUCGGAUAUAGACAAAAUAAUCAGGGAGGAAGAGAGGAAGGCUUACAUCGACCCGGAGAAGGCGGAAGAGGAGAAGGAAUUUGGGAAUCAAAAGUACAAAGAUGGCGAUUAUCCCGCGGCUAUAAAGCAUUAUUCCGAGGCAAUCCGGAGAAAUCCGGACGAUCCCAAAUAUUACAGCAACAGAGCGGCCUGUUACACCAAACUGGCGGCGUUCGACCUCGGUUUGAAGGAUUGCGAGAAGGUGGUCGAGCUGGAUCCCAAGUUCAUCAAGGGAUGGAUUAGGAAAGGAAAGAUUCUUCAGGCCAUGCAACAGCCGGGAAAAGCCCUGUCGGCGUAUCAGAAGGCUCUCGAACUGGAUCCGCAGAACAGCGAAGCGUUAGAGGGCUAUCGCUCUUGCGCCGUAUCCGCUACCUCCAAUCCGGAAGAAGUUAGAAAGAGAGCGAUGGCGGAUCCAGAGAUCCAGGGCAUAUUGCGAGAUCCAGCCAUGAGGCUCAUCUUGGAACAAAUGCAGAGCGAUCCAAGAGCUUUACAAGACCAUUUGAAGAACCCUGAUAUAGCUGCAAAAUUGCAAAAACUUUUGGAAUCUGGUCUCAUCGCUAUCCAUUGAAGAUGUAAGGAACCGCAUACAACAUACUUGUAAUAAAAGAAGAAUAACACUGCUGUCAUAAGUUCCUUUAAUAUUAAGGAAAUUCGCAUUCGUGUAUUGCAGAUAUAUUAGCCAUAUGGGAUACUUAUCGUCAUAUUGCUCUGCUGUCACAAAUUCCUUUAAUAUUGAGGAAAUUCGCAUUCGCGUAUCGCAGAUACAUUAGCCAUAUGGGAUAUUUAUCGUCAUAUUGCUCUUAAAAUCUGUGUUCAAAAAGCCAUUUAGAAUAAAAGUUACAUUAUACAUAUGAUUCUUUCGUGCAAACGCAGUGGCCUUUAGUGUCAUCGAUGACUUUUGCAUUACAAGACUUGUUACGGUGAUCACGUGUGUAACGAUACAUAUAUAUACAUAUAGUGAGGCUCUUUGUGCAAAAAUGAAGUGUAAUUGUGAAGCUGGUGAACUCUUAAUAUGUAAUAUUUACAUUUAAAAGGAAACUUACUCCGAUGGCUGAAUCGUGAAUAUCAUCACUUUGGAAGUUGAUAGCGUUAUUAUAUGUUUUAGGUAAUAAAAUCGUCUAAAACUAGAAAAAUAAUCCUUUAAGAUAGUAAAAGUUUUCCGUAAAAUUAUUUCUGUAUAUGAUGCACACACUAACAUUUCUUUUAAAAGUUAAUUUAGUGCUUUUAGUACUAAAAUUAGUCAUAAUAAUAUAAUGAAUGCGAAGUCAGACUAAGGCGACAACCGAUAAGAGGAAUGCUUCGAAUAAACAUCUUUUUAAACCGA